AUGUUUGGUUGUCCCAGAGAAGCUGUACGUGUCAAAGUUAAGAAAUGUGAAACUCGGCAUCAACCAGAAUAUCGUAAGUUUAGUGUGGAUCCUCAAAUAACAUCCAUAGAAGUGCUGCAAAGUAUUCUAAUCAAGGCUUUUGAUAUAAAAGGAGAAUUCACUGUUUCCUAUCGAGCGAUCGACGACUAUGGUUCGGAAACGUAUCUUUUCCUACUCUCAGACUGGGAUUUGGACGCCGCGUUUAUCAGUGCGUCCGAGCCAUAUCUCUAUCUGCAAGUAAAUCUGAAACCUUUCGGCGAAACUGGAGACUGUGAAUGCUACUGGGAGCAAAAUGCACAGGAAGUUUCGACACGUCAGCAGGAAACUGGGUUUCCUUAUAGGACACCUAAGCUGCCCGGUCUCAUAAUGAAUAAAAUGGAAAGGACAUUGAAUAUGGUGCAACGUGCAUUGGGCAAUUUAGGUGAAGAAUCUCAUCAGCAGAAUGUUCAGCCUCCAAGACCACCACUAACAGAUGCCGAGUUUCGCCGAUUUCUAGAUCCAAUCGGCCAAGUAGUGCACUCCAAGGAUCUAAGAGCAGUUAUUUAUUUCGGUGGGAUCGAGCCUAGCCUACGCAAAGUAGUCUGGAAACAUAUCUUGAACGUGUAUCCGGAGGGAAUGUCAGGUCGCGAACGGAUGGACUACAUGAAGAGGAAGGCGCAAGAAUACCAAAAUUUGCGCGAACGAUGGCGUGUGUUGGUGCAAAAAGGGCAAAAUGUCGGCGAUCUUGGCUAUGUCACUGGUAUGGUGAGGAAAGACGUUCUCAGAACGGACAGACAUCACAAGUUUUAUGGUGGUUCAGAUGAUAAUCAGAACACAGCAAGUCUUUUUAACAUUCUGACAACGUAUGCCUUAAAUCAUCCGAGUGUAAGUUAUUGUCAGGGCAUGAGCGAUCUGGCCUCGCCUCUUCUUGUUACAAUGCGGGACGAAGCGCAGGCCUAUAUCUGUCUUUGCGCCCUCAUGAGAAGGUUGAAGGACAACUUUAUGCUGGACGGCAUCGCCAUGACUACUAAGUUUGCUCAUCUCGCAGAAGGGCUUCAACAUUACGACCCUGAUUUUUAUGCGUACUUAAAGUCCCAUCAAGCGGAUGAUUUGCUCUUUUGUUAUCGUUGGCUAUUAUUGGAAAUGAAACGUGAGUUUGCAUUGGACGACGCGCUUAGAAUGCUUGAAGUUUUAUGGGCAGCUCUACCAGCAUCACCGCCGACUGGCGAAUUGAGUCUUGCCGAGGUGCCUUUUCCACCAGCAUCGCCGCCGCCUAGCCCGAAUGUGAAGCACAUCCGCGAAAACGCAUAUACCAAAGUCUGCGCUAUUAGACGACAAAGUUCCUCGGCCAGUAUCGCCGCUAGCGUGAAGCGGAAAGCCUUCAGCACCGAGGAAUCAAAUUUACAAUCAUCUACUGAAGUCAACGGAGAAACAAAAAGAUCCAAUUCGCCAUAUGAAACAUUUUCCGAUUCAGAAAAUGAUUUGACUAAUACGAAGAACAGAAGAAAUAAUGAGUCAACAGAAAAGUGCCUAAGUACAGAUUCUCUUCCUGUUAAAUCGAAACGUUCGAAUAUUCUGGAAUUGAAAGAGAGAUUAUCUGUUUCCAAUAAGGAACAGACUAAAAACAAUGAACAGAACGAGAGUUCUGAAAAGAAAUGUGCGCGAGUGGUGAAGAAUUUGAAUGAGUUCUUGAACUUUACUAGUCUCAAUCGCAGUAAAAUCACGCCGAGCGAUGCCGAACCUGAACUCAGACGUGUCUCGAGUGAAAGCGGCGUCAUCAGAGUGUUGAGGGACGAACCAAGCUCACCAGACGAUCCCACGGAUUUCUUUCCGAUGACUACAUCGAUGACAAGAGAAUUAAGACUCGAGUUGGAAUCGUUGGAUCGACAAGUAUUCGGACCUUCACCGCCUAGCGAUUUACAAUGUGAUUGUGUGCUUUCAAAAAGAGAAAGUGACUUACCGGAGAGUGAAACGGAAACGGAAUUGGCGAGAUGUAGUCCAGCGGCAGAUGUGUUCGUGUGGGAAAAUCCUUUGCACACAUUACAACAAAAGCAGCACCCUACGACUCCGGAUGAGCAGGCGGAAUUGGAGUACGACGGUGAAAUUUUGGAAGAUCAGAACGGUGUGAAAUCCGUCACACCGAUCAGGUUGCUGAAACGUACUACUAGAUCUGAGUCGGCGUCAGAUAGCGAAGGGAGCGAAAGUUGGCAUCAGAAUCCACCUGUACCCGAGAGUCCGACGAAACAGCAGCAUCAGCAACAACAACAGCAACAAUCUGUACAAGAACAAUGCGAGGAAGCGACAGAACUGACUAAUCUCAUACCCGCGGGAACGAGCGAGGAUCAACUUGGCGAGAAUUCAUUGCCACCACCACACGAGUUCGGCGGGGGCAAUCCCUUUUUAAUGUUCCUGUGCAUCACUCUCCUGCUACAACAUCGAGACUUUGUUAUACGCAAUCAAAUGGAUUACAACGAGAUGGCGAUGCAUUUCGACAAAAUGGUUCGCCGUCACAAUGUGAUCCGUGUACUUAAUCAGGCGCGACAAUUGUUCGCCGGCUAUCUCAGAAGACAUUCCGUCGCCUUUUCCUCCUCCUCGACUGGCUCGACUUCCACCAGCAAGCCGGAUUGCGUGAACGUAUAACUCUUUCCUGGUUAAUUUUAAAAAAUAUCAAAUAGGCGAUAUGAGAUUUGAGAAUUAUUUCAUUCAAUGAACAGGAUUCAAACGGGACAUAUCGUGGAUAUGUGUCACCGAUUAAAAUUCGGAAGGCUUAAGAAGACUCAAAACAAUUCUGUCACAGUGCUCUUCCGCUCACGACAUUCGCAAGACACUUACGACAUUAUCUGUGGAUUUUCUGCAGUCAUAUAAGCAAUGUCUCUGAUUGACCAUUCUUUUCUUUAUUUCCUUUCUCUUCGGUACAUCUAGAUAAAAGACAAUUUUCAAUUAACUAAAGGAAAAUCAUCCGUUAGGAAAAUUAUUAUGAAAAUAUCUAAUUCCAAACGUGACAACGAAUAAGUGAUCAAUAUUAACGCAAAAGCAAUAAAGCACAACGUACUUAUACAACUGCUUAACAAUUUUAGAGCUUUCUUUUUGAAAAACAAUUUUUUUCAAUAUAAGCCAAGAUAAACAAAGAAAGACGGUUGAUCAGAGAUAAUACCGCCUAGGCCCGUACUUAUUAGCAAUUAGGACAGAUUCGAUUGGGAGAGUUCGGGAAACAACGAUCGGAAGCGCUUUAGUUGAUUCGCGAAUGGCACGCGUAGCCUCGUUCAUUCAUGCACGUUACCAUUCCAUGGCUACAUAAUGCACUCUAUCAUCCGUACGCAUCAACGAACCCUCUUUCGCUGUUACCUCAAGGUAGAUUUAAGCCCUUCAACUUAACGCGCUCGAGUGAUGACCGCGUCAUUCUCGAAUGUGUUAAAUUUGUAAAAUACAUCUAGCAGCCUGAAUCUUACUUUGUUCUCAAACGGUAUGCUUGAGAAACGACAAUAAAGUGCAUUUAAUUUUAUCGCUGAUAAUAAAUGCUUUCCAUUCAUUGAAUCUAGACUCGGUGUGUGUCAAGAUUACGAAAAAACCCCGAUUGGAAAAAUUCUGGUGUUUUGUAUCAAGUGUGUAAACGAUUCUUUUUUUUUUAUCAGAUAACUUAAGUGCGUUAAGUUAUAAGUAAUAUAUACAUUGUUUAAGUAACGUUAUAUCACAAAUUCCAUUUUUACUAGUUGAAAAUAUGAAUACAUGGUGAUUAGUUCUAA